UGCUUCAGUGCGUUUACAACCUCGCAGAGAGGCGGACAUGACACCGCAUGCGUUGGUCGAGAUAUUGCCCAGCGAAUGGAACAAUUUACUCGAACUCUAUGCGCAGCGAAAAACUGAAUCCACUGGAUACAAUUUGAUAAAGAAUUAUAUCAAAUGGAUUGAGCAAGAACCCGACUUCAAUGUCAAAUGCUUCUCGCUGGAUGGCGACUGGCAAAGUGACGGUACUUUUUUAAUAAUUGUAAUCAAUGAUGCCAAGUACAAAUUUGUGUUCUUCAAUACGCUCAGCGAUAAUCUAGAGCGUUUGACAAAGGCGUUGAUCUGCUUAACACGUGAACCGGGCGAUUACAAGCUACACGAUUAUGGAGCGCGUCUCUUGCCGGCAAUGGAAGCGUAUCAAAGAGAGUUGGCACCAAAGCAAUUUGCCACCACACAGGCGGCUUGGUACCGAGCCAGCAAGGAGACAGUAGCAGGAUUUUCAACAGAGCCACCUGCUGGCAUUUCAUUGCGCAGCUUGCAGGCUGAGGAUGUGCUAACUGUAAACACAAUUUGGCGAUACGGCACAGAGAAUACUCUGGCGUUUAUUAGGCGCUUAAUAUCGUACAAUGUUUCAGUGGGAGCCUUUGAUGCAGAGGGCAAAUUACUCGCCUGUUGCUUGAGACUUCCCAUUGGUGCAUUGGGCGUGCUGCAUGUGCUCGACUCUCAUCGGCGCCUUGGCCUUGGCAGUUUAAUGGUCCGUUGUCUGUCCAAGAAGAUCGCAGCACUGGUUGAGGAAGUGCUCGCUCCCGUUGUGGUCGAGAAUACGGCUUCGAGGCAAAUGUUUGAGAAAUUGGGCUUUGUGAAAAUUGAUACCAUUUAUUGGACCAAUUGAUAAGCUUAAUUCAUUCGAAAACACAAGUAUUGCUAUCAAACAAAUAUUGAUUUAUUUAUAUAUGUAUAUGUGCUGCCUUGUUGCAGCGUCUGAGAAAUUCGCAAGUUUUGCGCUCAGUUGUUGCACUGCCUUUCAAUUAAACAGACAUGUCUCUGCAGUUGGAAACAAUUUCGCAUUCCCUUGUCGAAUUAUCGCCAAAUGAAUGGAAAAUUUUACUGGAUCUGUACUCAACGAAAAGAACUGAAUCUACUGGAUAUAAUUUAAUAAGUAAUUUCAUCAAAUGGAUUGCAAGAAAUCCUAAAUUAAAAAUCAAGUGCUUUGCCUUGGACGAUGGGUGGAAGAAAGACGGCACUUUUAUAAUGAUCGUAGACCAUGGUGGGGUCCAGAAGAAUGUCUACUUCAACACGAUAA